GUGUCAAAUAAUCAGAUAAUUAGAUAAUGUUUAUUUCCUCUGAUUGGCUGCAGAUUAAACACAAAAAAGACUUUCAAAACUCCCCACGAGGUCCUCAGAGAGAAUUAUUCCAGACGUUUAUUCUGCAUCCAGCAAGGCUAUUUAAAGUAAAGGAAGGUAAAUCUUCCUCAGCCUGCAGUCCUCCUCAGACACAUUUGAGCCAAUAGCAGGACGCAUGGCGCUGCGUUAGACCAAUGACAAAGCAGCCUGAGUGCGCACUCCGCUGGAAGACGACGACCAUGGACUGGAGAGGAGUCCUGCUCGCUGGAACAAACUUUUAGUUUCGAUACGGGGCAAAAAACGGAGUGAGGUGAGGGGAGCUGCUCGGAGCAGUCAUGGGGGAGAUUGAGGGUUCGUAUCGGGUCCUGCAGACUCCCGGCGUCAGACUGGGAGCCCAGUUCAACCCGGGUAUCAGCACGCUGGAGCCGGGCCAGAGCCUCAGCGGCAACAUGGUGAGCGGGAGCAGGAGCCACGGGCGAGGAGGGCUGCAGAUCCGUGUGCAGGGGCUGGACGACUCCCAGGAGUUCUUCGAUAUUGACCCAAAAGCGAUUGGACAGACGCUCCUCUCUGAGGUUUUCCUGAGAGGCAACCUCAUCGAGAGCGAUUACUUUGGCCUCGAGUUUCAGAACAUGCAGAUGAACUGGGUUUGGCUGGAACCCACAAAACUCAUUAUGAGACAAGUCAGACGACCAGCGAAUACGCUCUUUAGGCUGUCGGUGAAAUUCUUCCCCCCAGACCCGGGUCAGCUGCAGGAGGAGUACACCAGGUAUUUGUUCUCGCUGCAGAUCAAGAGAGAUCUGAUGGAGGGCCGGCUGAUCUGCACAGAAAACACAGGAGCCCUGCUGGCCUCACACCUCGUCCAGUCGGAGAUCGGCGAUUACGACGACGUGGCAGACAGGGACUUCCUCAGGAUGACCAAGCUGCUGCCGUACCAGGAGAAGGUGCAGGAGAGGAUCAUGGAGCUCCACCGCAGACACCUGGGCCAGACUCCAGCUGAAUCCGAUUUCCAGAUCCUGGAGAUUGCCCGUAAACUGGAAAUGUACGGCGUUCGCUUCCACCCAGCAGCUGACCGGGAAGGCACCAAAAUUAAUCUGGCUGUCGCUCAUAUGGGCCUUCAGGUGUUUCAGGGAAACACAAAAAUAAACACCUUCAACUGGUCCAAGAUCCGCAAACUGAGCUUCAAAAGGAAACGGUUCCUGAUCAAGCUCCACCCAGAGGUUCAUGGCCCCCACCAGGACACUCUGGAGUUCAUGAUGGCCAGUCGAGACCAAUGCAAAAUCUUCUGGAAGAUCUGUGUGGAAUACCACUCGUUUUUCCGUUUGUUUGACCAACCCCAGCCCAAAUCCAAAGCUAUCCUCUUCACCAGAGGCUCCUCCUUCAGAUACAGUGGAAGGACCCAGAAGCAACUUGUGGACUACGUCAGGGAAAACGGAGCAAAGAGGACUCCGUACCAGAGGAGGAACAGUAAAAUACGAAUGUCUGCUCGCUCCCUCGCCACAGAUGUGCCAAAACAGAGCUUGUCAUUCAAUGACAGUCUCAGGGCCCCAGGCUCCCCCUCCUCUUCCGCCUCUGUGUCCUUCCACCCAGCGCACAUCUCCAGCGUCCUCCCGCGGCCCGACCUGCAGCCUCAGCCGCAGCCUUUGCCCGCACUGAGCCGGUCUGCAGCAGCGCCUCCUCAGCAGCAGCAGCUUCAGUCCCCUCCGCAAGCCACCACCAGACCCCCCAGCCCUCCGAAGGAAGACGCCGUCAAGGCCGCUUCCCCGUCUCACUUCGCUUUUCAAGACUCGGUGGUGGACAGCCCGCAGCUCUCCCCCUUCAGCUCCAAAGGUCCCCUCUGCCUGUCCCCCUCAUUCCAGAUGUCGACCCUCAGUCUGCCGGGCCAGGCCCCGUCGCCGCUGCAGAGCCCCAUCCUGAGCGAGGUGGGCAGCAAUGCCAGGCUAGAGGAGGAGGAGGAGGGCAGGAGGAAGCGAUAUCCCACCGAUAAGGCCUACUUCAUUGCCAAAGAGAUUCUGACCACAGAGCGGACGUACCUGAAGGACCUCGAGGUCAUCACUGUUGGUUUUCGCAGCGCUGUGAUCAAAGAAAACGCCAUGCCCGAAGGCCUGAUGACCCUCCUCUUCUCCAACAUCGACCCCAUCUACGAGUUCCACCGAGGCUUCCUGAAGGAGCUGGACCAGAGGCUGGCUCUCUGGGAGGGACGCUCCAACGCUCACGUCAAAGGGGACUACCAGAGGAUUGGAGACGUGAUGCUGAGGAACAUGUGCUCUCUGAAGGAGUUCACCAGCUUCCUGCAGAAACACGACGAGGUGUUAACGGAGCUGGAAAAAGCCACCAAGAGGCUGAAGAAGCUGGAGACGGUCUACAAAGAGUUCGAGCUGCAGAAAGUCUGCUACUUACCCCUCAACACAUUCCUGCUCAAGCCCAUCCAGCGCCUCAUGCACUACAAGCUCAUCCUGGAGAGGCUGUGCAAGCAUUACUCCCCCUCCCACCGCGAUCACGACGACUGCAAGGAGGCUCUGAAGGAGGUGGCAGAGAUCGUCACUCAGCUGCAGAGCAGUCUCAUCCGGCUGGAGAAUUUCCAGAAGCUGACGGAGUUGCAGAGAGACCUGAUCGGUAUCGAGAACUUAACGGCGCCCGGCCGGGGUGAGUGGGCGGGGCAGAGGGAGUUCAUACGAGAGGGAUGUCUGUACAAGCUCACCAAGAAAGGACUGCAGCAGAGGAUGUUUUUUCAGUUCUCAGACAUGCUCCUCUACACAAGCAAAGGUGUUACAGCGACCAAUCAGUUCAAAGUGCACGGCCAGCUGCCCCUCCACGGCAUGAUCGUGGAGGAAAGUGAGAACGAGUGGUCUGUCCCUCACUGCUUCACCAUCUACUCGGCUCAGAGGACCAUAGUCGUGGCUGCCAGCUCUAAAGUGGAGAUGGGAAAGUGGAUCGAGGAUCUGAACAUGGCUAUCGACUUGGCCAAGAAGUCACAGGAGAAAUCCAGCAUCUUCCUCGACGCUGGACUCGGCGACCACUCCAACCGGUCGUCUGACGAGGUUUCUCUGGAGCAGGAGUCGGAGGACGACAUGAACUCCUCCCGGACUUCACUGGACAAGCAGACGCACCACCGUGCCAACACCACCAUGCACGUGUGCUGGCACCGCAACACCAGCGUGUCAAUGUCUGAUCACAGCCAGGCUGUGGAGAACCAGCUCUCAGGUUACCUCCUGAGGAAGUUCAAGAACAGUAACGGCUGGCAGAAACUCUGGGUCGUUUUCACCAACUUCUGCUUGUUCUUCUACAAGACUCACCAGGACGACUUCCCGCUGGCGAGCCUCCCCCUGCUCGGCUACACGGUCAGCACCCCCGAAGAGUCCGACAGCAUUCACAAGGAGUACGUCUUCAAACUGCAGUUCAAGUCCCAUGUUUACUUCUUCCGGGCAGAAAGCGAGUACACCUUUGAAAGGUGGAUGGAGGUGAUCAAGAGUGCAGCCAGCACGACGGGCCGGGUGAGCCUGCUCAUACCCAAAGGAGGUCCCAUGGAGAUCAACGGAAACUGAAUCAAGCAUCAUGAGUCUGGAGGCUGGGCCUCCAGGACGUCACAAAGACUGUCCUCUCUCGUUGUAAUUUUUUUUUUUUUUUUAUGUGAAGGGAAGAUGAUAACAACUGGAGACUGAAAUAUACUGCCAGUUGACAUGUUAACAUUUCUCAGCCUAAGGAUUUAACUCUUAACGGUCCGUGUGUUUUUCUUGAUUAACGGUGUAAAUGAUAACAUUUGUUCCCAGGAUAUAAUGAAAGGGAGAUGUGUACAUUUUGAUCAGUUUUUGCAUGUGUGACGCUCAGUCUGGCUGCUGCUGGCAAAGACUGAUGGGAAAUGCUGUUUUAAUGGGACCAACUCAAACACAAAGAGCUUUAAUACAAGCUCUGUGAGGGACUUUUCUCUUCAAUGGUUAGUCUGGUAUUUUCCAACCGGGACCCUAUUUUCCCAUGUUUUUGUGUUUCAAGUGACUAAAGGGAACAAAUUUUAAAAUUGUUCCAGUAUUGAAAGAGAUCUCUGCAGCUGCAAAACAGGCUGCGAUGUAACCACUCAGGGUAUGUUUGCACCAUCAGUGUACAUUCACAAAAAAAAUGCUUGUUUUCGCAACUUACAGGCUAAGAUUGUUUUUAUAAGAACUGACAAUUUAGAAAAAGGAUCCCUACACAAAUAGACUAUUUUAAUAAAGAGUAAAAUCCUCUUUCUUUAACCAGAAACAGCCCUAAAAUUGCCAUCCUCUUUUCAAUCUCAGCAUAUUGACACAUCUAACUGGGUGAAAUAAGGGUUAAUUUCAGCCAAACCAGAGUUAGUGAUUGUUGAAACAGUGGAAAGACGAACCAAGACGGCUUUUGUGGGUUUUUUUGUAAUGAGUAUGUGAGUAUUUUGCUUCAGUUGACAUUGAAUGAAAUACAUUUUCUGAUUGUAAAAUUACUGUGUGUUUUUUAUGGAGUCUGGUGGAUUUGGGGAUGGUACCUUUAGGGCUGUUUCUUGCUAAAAAAAAAAAAAAAUCUUACUCUGCAGGUAAGAUCUGUCACUGUAGGGAUGCUUUGUGUAAAUUGUCCGUCACAUUUAACAAUAAUCUGAGUCUGUCAGUUGUAAAAACUGAUGGUUGAUGGUGAACCUGUGAGGAGUACAUUGCAGCAUGUUUCACUACUGCUAUCUGCAGCGCUCCAACUCAGUUCUGGACCAUUUUUUAAAAAAAUGUUUCCAUUAUUCACUUACAAAAACAUGAAAAAAUAGGGUUGAAAAGUACCAAGGUUACCCUUGAAGUACAUGAAGACUGAAGCUUUGUUGGCUCUGCGCUGUGACUGGGCCAAAGGCGAUAAACAGUACGUGGAAAACGAAGGUACAGGAUGGCAUGUGCUCUCUGUAAGAGUCAGAGGUGUGUGAGAGAGACGGAGGCGAGCAGAAGGUUCACAGGAUGUUGACACGAGUUUGCGAGGAGAAGAUUCAUGGGAAGUUUUGGGAAAUUCAUGCUGCGUCGCAAUGUUGCUAAAAAACUUUUCAUAUAAGCAGUAUUUAUUUCUAUCCGACGCUUUAUUUUCCUGUCAGUGGAGGGACGAUUCAGGUGUUGAAAAGGGAGCUGUUGUGCUUGAAUCUCCUGAUUAGUUACAGGCAGCGUUCUGGCCGGUUUGGUGCUACAUUUCUUUCUCUUUUAAUAUCAAAUGUAAUCAAAUGUAUCCUGUUUUUAUUUUUGCAUAUAGGGAUAACAGUCUGAGGAUAAAUUGUGCAGUGGUUACUCUAGUGUUUACUGUGUGUAAAAGUUGCAGAUUUUCCUCCUUAAAACAAACCAGAAGAACAUAUUUUGAGGUAAUCGUACUCGGCGAUGAUGUCGGACUGUUUUAGGCGAGUGGGAGCUGACUGAUGGGAGACACCAGAGUCCGUUAUUAAGACCAGAGUCCGUUAUUAAGACCAGAGUCCGUUAUUAAGACCAGAGUCCGUUAUUAAGUACGCCACAUGAAGCCGUGGUUAUUAUUUGGUAUAUUUUUUGUAUGAAGACUGGAAUCUGUACCCUCUGUGUGUGUGGUGUGUGUGUGUGUGUG